AUGAGAACCGCCGCCGCUCUUGCUCUGGCCCUGCCGACCUUGGCCAGCGCUGUCAAGUGCAAGCCCUACGUCGACUCGGAGAAGCUUCAGGAGCUUAUCACCAUCGAAGACCUGCUCGCCGGCUCCCAGAAGCUUCAGGACAUCGCCGAUGCUCAUGAGGGAAACCGCGCCUUCGGUGGUGGCGGUCACAAUGCCACCGUAGACUGGUUGGUCGAGGAGCUCGAGAAGCUCGACUACUACGACGUCUACAAGCAGCCCUUUACUGAGAGCUUCGCCGGUGCCAAGGCCACUCUCUCCGUCAAGGGUGCCACCGUCGAUGCCCGUACUCUGACCUACACGCCUGCUGGCACUGUUAGCGGCGUUCCCCUGGUCAACGUCGCCAACCUCGGUUGUGAGGCCGGAGACUUCCCCGCCGAGGUUUCUGGUGCCGUCGCUCUCAUUUCGCGAGGCACUUGCAACUUCGCCAUCAAGGCCACUCUGGCUAAGACCGCCGGCGCCGUUGCCGCCAUCAUCUACAACAACGAGCCCGGCGCCCUUGCUGGAACCCUUGGUGCCGCCUCGGAGGGCUAUGCGCCCGUCGUCGGCAUCACCCAGGACGAGGGCAAGGCGUUUGCCGCCGCCCUUACCGCUGGUGAGGAGCUCACUCUUGACCUCAAUGUCAUCUCCAUCAUUGAGGACCGUGUCAACUACAACGUCAUCGCUGAGACGCGUGAGGGUGACCCGGACAACGUUCUGAUGAUCGGAGGUCACUCCGAUUCCGUUUUUGCUGGUCCCGGUAUCAACGAUGACGGUUCCGGUACUGUCGGUGUUCUCACCGUCGCCAAGGCCCUCACCAACUUCAAGAUCAAGAACGCUGUCCGUCUUGGUUUCUGGGGUGCCGAGGAGUACGGCAAGCUCGGCUCAUACUUUUACGUCAAGCAGCUCAACGGUUCCGAGGCCGAGAUCUCCAAGAUCCGCGCCUACCUCAACUUCGACAUGAUUGCCAGCCCCAACCCCAAGCUCGCCAUCUACGACGGUGACGGCAGUGCCUUCAACUUCUCCGGCCCCGCCGGCUCUGACGUUAUUGAGAAGGACUUUGAGCAGUUCUUCGAGAGCAAGGGUCUGGGCCACGUUCCCACCGAGUUCAACGGCCGCUCCGACUAUGCCGGCUUCAUCGAGAACGGCAUCCCGUCUGGUGGUCUCUUCACCGGUGCCGAGGGUCUCAAGACUGAGGAGGAGGCGCGUCUGUUUGGUGGCGAGGUCGGUGUUGCCUACGACGUCAACUACCACCUGAUUGGUGACGACAUCACCAACCUGGACAACGAUGCCUACCUUAUCAACACCAAGGCCAUCGCCCACAGCGUCGCCAAGUACGCCAUUAGCUGGGAGUCCCUCCCUCCCGUCAACAUUGCCAAGCGCCGUUAUGCCGCCGACACCGCUCAGCACCUCAAGCGUGCUGCUGAGGCCACUGGCCACGCACACGACGGCCCCUGCGGCGGUGGCUCUCACUUUUAA